AUGACUUCAGACCUUGCUACCAGAGGGAAAGAGCCGAAAGACACCCACAUUGAGGAUGUCGACCCGCUCAAGCUAGACGAUGAAAAGGGCCAGGGAGAUUACUCCGGUGCUACAGCCAAGAGUGAUCCACGGGAGAUCAAACUAGUUCGCAAGCUGGACAUGAGAAUCAUGCCUAUUAUGUGGGCCAUGUACUUCUUGAACUACAUUGAUCGCAAUGCUAUUGCCAAUGCAUGUCUGAAUAACCUCGAGGAGGACCUCGGCUUAGUUGGAACACAGUACAACACUUGCAUCUCGAUCCUGUUCGUUGGCUACCUACUAAUGCAAAUCCCAUCCAAUAUGCUCAUGUCCUCAAAGAAAGUCCGACCAUCCCUCUACAUGAGCAUUUGCAUGGCCAGCUGGGCCAUAGUAUCCGCCUGCACAGCUUUAACAAAAAACUACACCAGUCUGGUCCUCGUCCGAUUCUUCCUCGGCAUAACCGAAGCGCCCUUUUACCCUGGCGCGCUAUUCCUCCUGUCCCUCUUCUACACACGGAAAGAAAUAGCCCUGCGCAUCUCAAUCCUUUACUCAGGAAACAUAAUCGCCACAGCUGUCGCCGGCCUGAUCGCGGCCGCGACAUUCGCAACUCUAGACAAGAACCUCGGGUUAAAAGGAUGGCAAUGGCUAUUCAUCAUUGAAGGCGCAGUUACAUUCGGGAUCGCUGGUUUGGGCAUCUUCAUGCUCCCAGAUCAUCCAUUGACUACCCGCUGGCUUACCCCGGAAGAACGCCAACUCGCCCACGACCGCAUUCAGAAAGAUACAGUCAACAGCGAAGAAUCCAAGGGCGCACUAGCAGGCUUGAAACAGGCAAUGUGUGACCCGCGCGUAUUCCUCUUGGCCUUCAUGCAGAAUAUGCAUCUGAGCGCGUGCUCGUUCAACAAUUUCUUCCCGACUGUUAUUGGCAGUCUCGGGUUCAACAGUACUAUAACCCUAGUUCUGACUUGUCCUCCAUAUAUCGUGUCCGGUAUCAGCUGUGUGAUCAUCGGUAUUACAUCUGGACGGUAUAAUGAGCGGACGUGGCAUAUCACCAUCUCGAUGGGUGUUGCUGUUGUGGGCUUCCUUAUAUCCUGUGUGACUUUGAAUACGGGUGCUAGAUAUGUGUCUUGCUUUCUCUUUGCUAGUGGUGCGUAUGCUGUUAACUCGGUGAUUCUGGGUUGGGUUUCUGCGACAUUGGGUCAGACGCCUGAGAAGAAGGCUGCUUCGCUUGGGUUUAUCAAUGUUGUGGCUAAUGCGUCUUAUAUUUAUACCGCUUAUCUCUAUCCGAAAAGUGAUGGCCCUCGUUACUUGACUGGCAUGGCAUCUAAUGCUGCUUUUGGGUUUGCCACUGUUGCGAGUGCUUGGGUGUUGAGGUGGUGGUUGAAGAGUACAAACCGAAAGAUUAACCGAGGGGAUCUUUCCGGUGCAGGCAGCGAUGUUCUUUACGCAUAUUGA